AUGCAUAAUAGAGUAGUUUCUUUGCUAUACUGUAUGGUGCUAGUAUGUAUUUAUGUAUCGAAAGCAGUGCCUGUUGCUAUAGACACUGAUUUUUCCCACCAUUACUUGGUCGAUUUCGAAUCUGUAAACACGAAUCGCCAACCUACUUAUAUUCGCUUCAACACCAUUCACGACAUUCCAGAGCGUGCACAGGAUACAUAUUUCCCUCGAUUAAAAAAGCGAGAUUUGAAUAGCAAUGCUACAAAUAGGGUUCAAACCAUUCAAACCAAGCUAUUCACCAUCUCAUUGGAUUGUACACCACCUUUUGGUGAGCUUUUGGAUCCAGUUACUGCAAUCAGUUCAACAUGCCAAAAUGUUGCGUACACACUCACUCGUGUCAUGACUCGACUUGAGCAAUCUCUUUACCUUCGUACACCUAUAACUGUCACUUUUUCAUACAAAUCACUUUGUACAGCAACUGGAUCGGCUAGUUUAGGAAAAGCAUGUCCUGUUUCUGAUGAUACGCUUGGAUAUGCUUCUCCAGCAGCAUGGCAUGUGUUCAAUCGUGAUGCGGCCGAUGCCAAUCAUCUUGACGCAGGAUACAUGUAUCCCUCUUCGCUGGCAAAACAAUAUGUUCCAGACGAUGUGGCAUUUAGAAAUACGGACGGAGUAGAUAUUAUCGCUGUAUUGAAUUCGGAUGUAAAUUGGUGGUUUCCAAGUCCAGACGAUCAGUUGGGUGCAGGGGAUAAUGGAAAGUGGGGGUUGUAUUCAACCACACAUGGCGGAUCUAUCAAUUCAAGCACCUAUUCGUACGACUUUGAGCAAACUACACUCCAUGAGCUAUGUCACGGUCUUGGAAUUGUAUCGUCGUGGAACAUGAUAGGAGAUAACUCGACUUUUCUCCCAAGUUUUUUGGACAUAAAUGCUAAUGGAAGAAUCACUGGUCUUGCCCAACCUUAUAUUUUUAACCGCUGGCUUAGCGACACCAUCAAUCACGUUUGGCUUCGCAACUAUGCAGACCAGAUUCAAUCAAGCAUCAACCAGGCGAUCCAGCAGUCAACCCAAAACAACUGGUAUAGUAUAUUUAAUACUACGAUCGCAGCAGGUAUUGCUCGUGCGUUGGGAGGGAAGAAUGGAUUGUUUCAAACUCCCGGAGCUGUAGCCGCUUGGUAUCCAGAUACAGAUUACACCACAAAAGAGUCAGGGUUAUACAAGUACGCCAUAAUAUAUACGCCUCGUGUUUAUGAGGCCGGGAGCACAUUAUCCCAUGUGGAUGCAAACACAUAUAUAGGAACAGAAAAUGUAUUAAUGCGGCCUGUAGGAACAGGAGGGAUUGGAUUGGACUCUAUCUUGCCUAUGGGUAGUAAAGGGCCUAUUGGAGAGGCUGCUUUGGGAAUUUUUCGUAGUAUGGGUUAUGUGACCAUAUAA